UUUUUGAAAACCGGAUAUUAACUGAGAGAAGUACAGAACGAACCCAUCACAAAAACACGAGUUUAUCGUUUUACGAGAGCCCAACCCCCACGUGCCGUUCUUCCUUCAUCGUCCUCCCCCAGCUGGCUCCGUCGUCCCCUCCACCCCCACCCCCCACGGCGCACGAUAGCCUUCACCAGUGGUCCUCACUCCUCACUUUCUCGCUCUCCUCAAACAAAACUCCCCCUAAUGUCAAUAAAACCCCCUUCAUAACACUCUUCUUCUACAAGUUUUGAUUUUUAAUUUCUGUAAUUAUUGUUUUUAUUAUUGUCGUUGGCCUGUGGGAGAAUCAGAAGAUGAUGGAUUCCGAGAACCAGGGCUUUCAAGAAGCCCAUCUCUACGCCUCCAAAGACGAAAUGGAAAGCCUCGUCCUUGACGACCCUCUAAACGACAACAAAUCCCACUCCAAUUACCGCAGCGCCAUGUCGUCUCUCUCCGACCACAACCAUCCUCUCUCCUCAUCCGUUCCUGUCGUCGCCGCCCCAGCCGAUUCCGAUCCCCUGCUCGCGCCCCCACCGUACCGGGAUUUCGGCGGCGGCGUUGGCGCCGCCGCCGAUAGCUCGUAUCUCGACCCUCCGUCCUACGCCGACGUGAUUUUCAGCCCCUUUGAUGCCGAUAACCCCGGGGACUUCAACGGCGUCGAAAGCCCUAGCCAGAGAUCGGAGAAUUCGGCGUCGUUUUCCAGAUCGUUGUCGUCUUCGAGCUCGGAGUACAUCAAGAUCACGGUAUCGAACCCUCAGAAGGAGCAGGAGAUGUCGAAUUCGCUCGUCCCCGGGGGGAACACCUACGUCACGUACCUGGUCACGACGCGGACGAACGUUCCGGAGUUUGGUGGAUCGGAAUUUGGCGUCCGGAGGCGGUUCCGCGACGUGGUGACGCUGUCGGACCGGCUGGCGGAGUCGUACCGGGGGUUCUUCGUGCCGCCGCGGCCGGACAAGAACGUGGUGGAGAGCCAGAUGAUGCAGAAGCAGGAGUUUGUGGAGCAGAGGAGGGUGGCGCUGGAGAAGUACCUGCGGAGGCUGGCGGAUCACCCGGUGAUCAGGAAGAGUGAUGAGCUGAAGGUAUUCCUGCAGGUCCAGGGGAAGCUGCCCCUGCCUACGACCACCGACGUGGCGUCGAGGAUGCUCGACGGCGCGGUGAAGCUGCCGAAGCAGCUCUUCAGUGAGAGCGCGGUGGUGGCGCCUCACGAGGUGGUUCAGCCUGCCAAGGGUGGGCGGGAUUUGCUGAGGCUGUUCAAGGAGCUGAAGCAGUCGGUGGCCAACGACUGGGGCGGCUCGAAGCCGCCGUUGGUCGAGGAGGAUAAGGAGUUCAUGGAGAAGAAGGAGAAGAUGCAUGAGCUUGAGCAACAACUCAGCAAUGCUUCCCAGCAGGCUGAAUCACUAGUUAAAGCCCAACAAGAUAUGGGAGAGACAUUGGGAGAAUUAGGAUUGGCAUUUAUUAAGUUGACGAAAUUCGAGAACGAGGAGGCUGUUUGUAACGCCCAAAGAGUCCGUGCUGCAAACACGAAAGGUCUAGCAACUGCUGCUGUUAAAGCGAGCAGAUUCUACCGGGAGUUGAAUGCUCAGACUGUCAAACACUUGGAUACGCUCCAUGAAUAUCUCGGGCUAAUGUUAGCCGUCAACAGUGCGUUUUCAGAUCGCUCGAGUGCUUUACUGACUGUGCAGACUCUUCUAUCUGAACUAGCUUCAUUGCAGUCGAGGGCUGAAAAGCUUGAGGUGGCAUCAUCAAAAAUAUUUGGUGGUGACAAAUCAAGGAUUCGCAAACUAGAGGAGUUACAAGAAACCAUAAGGGUAACUGAGGAUGCUAAAAGUGUUGCAAUCAGGGAAUAUGAACGAAUCAAGGAAAAUAAUAGGAAUGAACUUGAAAGAUUUGACAGGGAGCGGCAUGCUGACUUCUUGAACAUGUUGAAAGGGUUUGUCCUUAACCAGGUGGGAUAUGCUGAGAAAGUUUCAAACGUAUGGUCAAAGGUCGCAGAGGAUACAAGUGGAUAUGUAAAAGAGAGCAGUUGAAACUCAAGGAUGUAUAUUCACUACUUUCUUCUUCUUUCUAUUUUCUUUCAGAUUUCUAUUGAUCCUCACCCUGUAAAAAUCAAAUUACAUCCAACCAACAAACAAAAAGGGUGCACUUGGUAGUUCUUUAGGUUUCCCGAGUUGUAUCUGUUAGAAAAAUUGCGGCACUUGAAUUUGAUUCUGUAAAUUAUAAUGCUACUUGUUUGACAUUUUGAGGUUUUUACAUCUUGAUUUCCUGA